CAUGGUACCCGUGCUGUCACCAGCUGAUGUCACAAAGGGCUGAUGUGCACAGCAGGAUGCGCCUAGGCAGUGGGCUCAGCCCCCAGGGUCUCUGGGUAGCUUGACCAGUACAAGGGGACAGCCAGCCUGGGCUGAGAGGGAGCACUGGUGGGGUGGGCAGUGCAGAGCCCAGGCUGUUAGUGUCCCCAGAGACCAGCCCUGCUAGAGCUGGUGCCUGGCUAGUAAGAGCCCCACAUGAAUCCCAUCUCUGCAGGCAGUGUGGCAGUCGCUCUGUGUCAGUGGACCAGAGCAUGUUUGAGAACGCCAGUGCCAGCACGGCACCCACUCCCCGACCGCAGCACGUCCCCCCCACGGCGGGGGUCCCGCCGCAGCCCUCCCGCCCUGCUGGCAGCCAGCACCUCCGCAACCUGGGCAAGGCAGUGGGGGCCAAGGUGACCGACCUCCUGCGCCGCAAGGAGCCGGCUGGCCUCCCCAGCCUGGGGGUGACGGAGGUGAACCCCAGCGCCGGUGCCGUGCUGGGCGUGGGACAGCCAGCCAGCGAGGAAGGGGCUGUGGGGCUGGACGUCUUCCCCCGGCUGGACCCCCCACCCCCCGUCACCAAGAAGCGGACACCCCGUGCCCUGAAGACCCCGCAGGACAUGCUGAUUGCACCAGAGCCAGCAGGGACCAGCCCAAGCAGCAGCUUGGAGGAGGCCCCUGAACUGCCUGCAGCCCACCCUGACCCCACAGAGGAGCAGCCAGGGUCAAGGGAUCUUUCUCCUCCAGAGUGCCCUGACACCCCAGAGCUGAGUGGGGACCAGUCCACUGGUGCCCUCCCUGUGCCCGACCUCAUCCAUAAGGGCAGCCUGGAGAGCCAGUGGCGAGUGGGUGAGAGAGGGGCUGAGACCUCCCCCCACCUGGAGAAGCCCUCCCGGAGACUGGGGCUGGAGCUUGAGCCAGCAGGGAGCACAGGGCAGCCAGAGCCAUGCACCCCUGGCCGGGAGGUGGAGGGGCCUCAUCCUGACCUGCUGUCCUUUGAGUAGCAGCGGGGGGCUGGCUCUCCCAAACACAUGCUGUUUUUUGGAGUUGUCAUUUUGGAGAGGGGAGAGCCCCCGGGUGGCAGGAGACAUUGCUGCCCCAUUGUGGGAUGUGUGGAGCCAUCACACCCCACAUGCCCAGGAGAGGUGCAGCCUGUCCUGGCAUGGCUUCUGCAGCCCCAUCCCAGGCCUGUUCAGCUCAGUCAUUGCCAACCUCCUUUUUGUGCCACAGUGCCACCAUCCUGUCUGCAGUCAGGGGCCACACUGAGCUGGGGACAGAGGGUGGGCUCACUCAGCAGCCUGGGUCCUCACCUGUGGAUCCAGAAGCAGCAGCCUGGCCCUAAACCCUUUGGUUCUGCUGGGGUGAGCAUUCCAUGUGGUUCCCCACGUCUGCAGUAACUGUCCCAGUCCAAAGGAUUUCCCAGCUCACCCUGUAUGCUUGCUGAGAAACCCCAUCCUUGUGUGCCUCCAGGCUCACCCAGCACUGGUGACAGGGAGCUCUGAUGGCUGAUGUUCCCAAAGCCUCCUCCAAGGGCUAGCCCCUUGGAGUCAGUUCACUCAGUGCCAUCUCUUUGCAGCAGAGCCCUUGCUUACGGUGUAUGCUCUGGUAGGGAGCAGGGGGACGCCUGGGGUUGCACAGGUGCUGGCUAGUGGGCUCUGGCAGGGAGCUGAGCUCCCCAUGAGACCUCCUUCUAGCUCCUGCUUGUUUUCUGGUCUCAGCCAUCACAGACAGGACUGACCUUCCCAGGCAGCCAGCCUGCUCUGUGAGGGCCAGCACCACCACUCUCCUUUGUUUCCUGGGAUGGUGAUGUCUUUGUGAUACUGGAACACAAGCAAGCCAUGCAGUCCUUUGAUAUUGCUCUAUGAUUGUUUCCCCAUGAAUUACAGGAGAGGUUAGACAGCCUGUGGACCCCUGGGCUGGUGCAAGGAAGCAGCUGUGAGAUGGCACUUCUUGCUUGGAGCUUUAAUGCGCAUCCUCACCACAAAAGUGGUUUUGAGAGGAAAAGCUCUGAAGACAAGAUUAAGGCUAGAGGAGGCUAAAGUCUCAUGGAUGGGGCACCUCUGGUCACAGCUCCUCCUGGGCCAUGCAGGGUGGCUGGGCUGUGAAGGGAUGUCUUCCACCACCCAAAGGCAUGUCGUGGUCCUGCUGAAGGAAGGAAGCCAUGAGGGUGGAUCCCUUUGUGCUGAGAGCCACCACGGGGCCUGCCGUGUUGGUGGGUGAGGUGGGUGCCGUGGCAGGGCUGGGGCUGUGCAGCACUCGGUCCCGGGGAAGGCCCCGCUCCAAAGCAGAUGCUGGAGCUGCCCAGAGCCCGCAGCCAGUGCUGAGGUGUAAGACACCCUGUGUAUAAUGUGAUUAUGCUCUCUACGGCUGAUGCCACCCCACAAAUAUAAAUCUAUGAGUGUGUAUAUGUGUAUGCUGCCUAGACCUACACUGCAUUGUAUAUGUUGACAUAAACAAGGGCUUUGUAGCCCUUCUCUGAGGAACCAGCAUCUUCCAACCCUGCCCACCACAAGGGAACCUCACUGCUGGUCCAGUCCCUCUAUUUAUAUUGUCUAGAGUGUGUAUGUAGUUUGGGACAAAAGAUGCAGAUUGCACAAUAAAUGUUUUUUUCCCUUUUUUACUCA